CCCCCCCCCUCCCCCAAUGCGUUGUCCAAACCUGGUAGUCGGCGGCUCGCCAGCUACCCGGUUAGUCUACCUGUCGACUUGCUUACAGCAACUUCCCUGCCUCUACCGGCUUCCCCAACGCACAUACAGACCAUAGCCCCAGUCGGCUACAGUAGUACGUACGCACCUCAUCAGAUGCACGUACAACGCCCAUCAAAUAGCGACACACUUAUGCAUGUCCACACUUCAGCCAUGCCCGUCAUGGCAUGGAUCUCAGCAGCGACUGGGAUGGCCCUGCGUGCGGCGAUGCAAGAUCGCCUCAUGUAUCAGAUUCUCCUCGACUCCUCCAUGAUGCGAUCCUUCGCCACUCGGUUCUGGCCGGCCCAAGCUAGUCUGUUAGCUGCUGGCUGCUGCUGCGGGCACGAAGUCCGUUGCCUUCCGGAUUCGAGCAAUGCCCAUCCACGGAAUAUUGCUGGACGAGGAGCAGGCAGGCCGAGUGCGAACCUCGCGCCAGCAAGGCUCGAGCAACUCGUGCCACUGUUUCAGAUUCCCAAAGGCCGCAGCUAGCCAUUUGUUCUCCCGAAAUUCCAUGAUUCGAUCCCAUCUGUCCUGUCGGCACGGAACGCUGUGUGUAGCUACCGAGCCCUCCCCCUUCGUCAUAUCGUAUCUAUUAUUAUUAUUGUUGUUGUUGUCCCCGUCGUGGGUUCUGCGGGCGUCCUAGUGCCACCACCUUGCCUUAGCAAUAUCCAUCCAUCCAUCCAUCCCUACGGCGAAAGUACUGACUCUGUGCGAAUCCUCCCUUCUUGCCACGGGAUCUGGUUUCCAAAUCUGCUUGCGGUCGCAUUAUUUUCAGCUUGUGGAUUUCGGAUGAGGAGAGCGGGAUCGAAUUCCAAUAUUCCAAUUCCUCGGGCGUAUCUACCUACUUCCGAUGUAUGGAUGCUAUUCUUAUCCCGCCUAGCCCUAAGCCGGGGCGACUGGAGAGGGGGCCAGGCAGGCAACCUGAGGCAUCCCCCCACAUGCAAGGCAUCGACUAUCG